GCGGGAGCUGCCCUCUCCUGCCGGCCUUUGCGGAGGCCGCGUUCGGCCUUCGGACGGGUGGUCGCGGUCGGGUUGUUUCUGCUGUUAAUGAUCAGCCCUGUCUCUUCCUGCUUCUGCAGCUUGCAGGCUGGAGGAGGAGGGGGUUUUAAUAAAACCGGGGCCAGCCGAAAUGGGGAGAUGCCUAAAGCAGCAGUGAGGAGUCCGUCGUCUGCCUAGUUGCCCGCGUCCUUACCUUGCGCUGGAAUCAGCAGAGGAAGAUGUAUAUUUUUAUCCUUGUGCCAAGCUGGUCUAACUCUUAAGCAGAGCUAUGCGCUGAAGUUGGAGGUCCUGACAAAAUGGGAGUACUUGUGUUCUUUGUGACUUGCAGUUUACUUCUAACUCUGGUGAGAGGGCACAGUUUGUUCACAUGUGAGCCAAUUACUAUUUCCAGAUGUUCAGGAAUGCCUUACAAUAUGACUUUUUUUCCAAACAUCAUGGGACACUAUGAUCAGGACACGGCUGCUUUCCAAAUGGAGCCUUUUUUUCCGCUUAUGAAUCUUCACUGUUCACCAGACUUCCACACAUUCCUGUGCAAAGCCUUUGUCCCUGCCUGCCUAGAGCAAGUUCAUGUGAUUCACCCUUGUCGAAGCCUCUGUGAGAAGGUAUAUUCUGAUUGUAAGCAGUUGAUGGACACUUUUGGAAUCACAUGGCCUGAAGAGCUGGAAUGUGCCAGACUAGUCAAUUGUGAUGAAACUGUUCCUGCCACUGCUGCUGUAACCGCAAACAUACAUGGAACUCAGAAGACCCCAGGCCAGACCCGAAGGGAUUAUGGAUUCUGGUGUCCACGACACCUACACACUACCAAUGGACAAGGCUACAAGUUUCUAGGAAUUGAUCAGUGCGCACCCCCAUGUCCCAAUAUGUACUUCAAAAACUAUGAAUUGGAUGUUGCAAAAAGCUUCAUUGGAAUAGUUUCAAUCUUUUGUCUUUGUGCUACACUUUUCACUUUCCUGACUUUCCUGAUUGAUGUUAAAAGGUUUAGGUACCCAGAGAGGCCGAUCAUAUAUUACUCUGUCUGUUACAGCAUAGUCUCGCUAAUGUACUUUAUUGGAUUUUUACUUGGGAACAAAACUGCCUGUAACGAGGCAGAUGAUAAGUUAGAAAUCGGUGAAACAGUUGUUCUUGGCUCCCAAAACAAAGCCUGUACUGUCCUUUUCAUGGUUUUGUAUUUUUUCACUAUGGCAGGAACUAUAUGGUGGGUGAUUCUUACAAUCACUUGGUUCCUUGCAGCUGGAAGAAAAUGGAGCUGUGAAGCUAUUGCACAAAAGGCCAUGUGGUUCCAUGCGGUUGCAUGGGGAAUACCUGGUUUUCUAACCAUUAUGCUUCUUGCAAUGAACAAAGUUGAAGGGGACAAUAUCAGUGGAGUUUGUUUCGUGGGUCUCUACGAUCUGGAUGCCUCUUUAUACUUUGUGCUUUUGCCGUUGUGCCUUUGUGUCUUUUUCGGUCUCUCUCUUCUUUUAGCUGGUAUUAUUUCUUUAAAUCAUGUGCGGCAAGUCAUUCAGCAUGAUGGCAGAAACCAGGAGAAGCUAAAGAAAUUUAUGAUCCGAAUUGGAGUUUUUAGUGGUUUAUACUUGGUGCCUCUUGUAGCACUUCUUGGAUGUUAUGUCUAUGAACUGGUGAACCGGAAGAUCUGGGAAACGACUUGGGUGUUUGACCACUGUGACCAGUACCAUAUUCCUUGUCCUUAUCAGGCAAAAGCACUAGCAAGACCAGAAAUAUUUUUGUUUCUGAUGAAAUAUUUGCUGACAUUGAUUGUUGGCAUAUCUCCAGUCUUCUGGGUGGGAAGUAAAAAGACCUGUUCUGAAUGGGCCAAUUUCUUCAACAGAAACCGCAAAAGAGAUCCCAUCAGUGAAAGUCGAAGAGUGCUGCAAGAAUCAUGUGAAUUUUUCUUGAGGCAUAAUUCCAAAGUUAAGCAUAAAAAGAAGCACUACAAAUCAACCUCACACAGACUGAAAGUCAUUUCGAAGUCAAUGGGGACCAGCACCGCUGGGACAACAAAUCAUGGAACGUCUGCAGUAGCAAUCACUAAUCAUGAUUACUUAAGCCAGGAAACUGUUGCAGAAAUUAAAACCUCUCCAGAGACAUCUGAGAAAGAGGUAGAGGCGGAUGGAACAUCAGUCCGAAGAGUCGACGAAGGUGAAAACAGUGAUCAAAUGUUAUCUGGUUCUAAACUGACCGUGGAUCAGGUGGAAAAAAGAAAUAAAGCAGAUAGCACAUGUCACCUGAGUAGCUUGGGUGAGAGUAUGAAGAGAGCAGCUGAAGGAAGAAUAACUCCUAGGAGUGAUUUUGUUGAAUCUCCUCCAUUACAAGGCAGCUGUUCCCAAAUACCUGAUGUCUCACAGUCAGCUUCCCUACCGCUACUUGUCUACUCGGCUUCAGAUACCAGAAGAGAGUUGGAUUCAGGAAACAGUUCAAACCUUUGAAAGAUUGAAAUUUUAUAUGAACAUUUGCAGUGUAUAAAACUGAUAGAGAUUCUGUGUUACACUGGAAAUAUUGGGUAUUCUGUGCCUUAUUAAAAAACACAUGUAUCUUGCUUUGCACUUGAAAGACGUAGGUUUUGUUGUGGGGGCAGUUAGCAAUAAUGUACUAUAUUUUAUCCUAUACAGGAAUAGUGGAAACAAGUUCUGUAGGAUAUGGCUAGGUUGACUAGCAGUAAUUUAACAAGAAGAUGAGAGGAACAAAUAUUCCCAAUAGGAAAAACACUUUGUAAUGAAUUGUAUUAAAAUAAUGCUUAGAAAGCACUGUUACUUUUCAAGGCAUGAAAGUUCCAUCUUCAUCUUUGUUAUUUUCCAAAACCUGGGGUUUUUUUCCUCUUUUUUUUUUUUUUUUUUUUUUUUUUUUGCUGUCUCUUUAACAGCAGUAUCACUUUAAAUAAGGGAAACACAAAUUUAUAUAUAUAUAGUCCCUACAUUACGUGUCAUGGUGCAUUGAUUAUAGCACUGCUUUAUGGUAGCUUGUACACUGAAUAUGAAAAGGAAUCUGGAAUUAUAGUGACUUAUUUUGUACAUAAAAAUGAAUUUUGUAAAUAACUGACUGCAUAAGGUCAACAUUUAUAACUAGUGUUUUGUAUGUAUUGUACAAACUUAGUAAGGCUAACAUGCUUCCC